UUUCAUCAAGGUGUAUAACGAUAAAUACACUGCAUAUUCUCAUUCGUUUAAUAUCAAAAAUAUUACCGGUACUCGACAAUGCUUAAACAAUUCAACAUCUACCGUCUCCAGUGCUGCUACCCCCGCUCCUGCCAGCUCCAAUUCUAUCUCCACUAAUCCCUCCCCUAGUUCUUCCAACUCUCUUCCUAAAGCUGGUCCCAAUAACGCAGUUGCCGCUUCUUCGGCUCCCACAGACUCUAAGCCAGCUGCAAGUGGUAGUUCUGCCAAGAGUACUACUACUGCCAGUGCAUCUAAUUCUAAUUCAAAGACUUCAGACGCCAAUAGUUUUUAUCCAUCGUUUGUUGGAUUAUCGUUAGCCAUCAUUAGUUUUGCUUUAUCAAAUGUGCUCUAA